CUAUCUUACAAUUAAACUAGCAAGGCAGCAGUAUUGCGUGUGGCAAACCUGCGGAAGAACAAGUUCGCUUGGUGUUUCUUUCAUCUCUUUCAUCAAUACAUCUCGCUUCUUUCCUUUGUUCACGUAUAGAAUGAAGACUAUCGCCCACAAGUCGCUUGCGCCUGCUAGCCAUGGCCAUGUCGUUCAAGCUCGCUCUGUAAUCUGCCGCGGCGGUGGCUUCGGGAAAAGUAACAAGAAGGCAGAGACAGGUGGCAGCGGCAUUUACACGGCGCCCAAGUCUAAGAAGCGUGUGGAUCUGGUGAAGGAGCUAGGACUAGACAACAGCGCAGCUGCUGCGGCGGCCCCGGUGGUGGCGGCGCCCGCCUCAGAGACGGAGCUGCUGUCCAAGGGCAACUGGUUCCCAUUGGCCAAGCUGUCGGACUUUGCAGGCGAGAAGAAGCGCAAGAUCUGCGAGCUCAAGGGCAACAAGCAGGUCGUGGUCCUUCAUCAAUACCAGGACACCAUCUACGCCACUAACGCCUACUCCACCGCUUACCAGUACCCGCUGAUUGACGCCAAGAUUGAGGACGGGCCGGAGGGCCCCACCAUUACCACGCCGCUGGAUGGAACCAUUUACGACCUCAAGACGGGCAAGGUGAUCAAGUGGGUGCCCUCCGACGGCUCGCCCAUCCGCGGCCUGCUGCGCACGCUCAAGGCCGAUGUGGCGCCGGUGCCGCUGCCCGUGUACCCCGUGGUGGUCAAGACCGACGGCAACGUCAUGGUCCGCCUCAGCUAAACAAACCGCUGCCUGGGCACCUUCAAAAGCGAGGGAGCGGUGGCCUUGGUGACCGACGGCAAUGUGGUGGUCGGCCCGGUGCCUGAGCUGAAGCCCGCAUUUUAAACGCGUUUCUCCGCACUGCGGCAACUACCGUAAGCUGCUGGCUGGGCUGGACAGAAGGACAAGAAAGCGAGGGCGAAGCUUGUGAGUGCGUGCAGGGAUGGAAGGCAGCAUGCUGACGCCUGCGCGUGCUUUACUACACAAAGCUGUUUGAGGAGUCGCAGUCUGAGUAAGGGCGGUUUGGUGGCGGACUGGAUUCGUUAAUGGGUCUUGGGCACGUGGAGCUGUGGUUGGGCCCAGGAGCAGCCCUGCUCCCGGCCUGUCCCAGCAGCAUGACUUGUGGUGAUUUUGACAGGCUAAUGUGGAUGUGGAGGCGAGACGUUUGGCGCAAGGUGCACACGGGAUGAACACGGCCGCUUAACUCAAUGAAUAGGACCGGCGCGCGGGCAGUCGUGAUAUGCAUAGCUGCUGCGUGAAGCGCUCGUGCUCCGUGCCGAUUGUUGUGUCCGGAGGGUGCAUCGCAGAGGGAAUAGCUGUUGUUUGAUGCGUAUUACCCUGAUUUUGAGCAGGGGUGAUGUGAGCUGACUGAGGGGCCUUCUUAGUUGAUGUGGGUGGGGGCGAUUUUGGCGCGGGAGCCCCUGAUCUUUGUGCCGUUUGGCCAGUUCGGCUCCGAUUCUUUGGUGCUUUCCCUGUGAGGUUGUGGAUGUUCCCAGGACUGUGGUUGCAGGGAAUGAGUGAAUGACCGCUCUUGUAAGACCGAGAGACC